AUGAUCAGCAAACAUGACCUAGACGAGCAAUCUUCACAGGAAUCUCAUGCUGAACCUGAGGACACCCCGGUGCUAUCACUGCCUGAACCAGCUGUCGGGCUAGAAUAUCAUGCGUGCCUCCCGUUGGAUUACCAAGCUCACAGCCACGUAUCUCGCGAGCAGCAAUCAGAUUCGAGCGAAGAUCUAGCUGGCAACCCUCUACGUGAUGGUCAACUGACGCCAUUUGCAAGUUCGACUGUUGACCCUAGCUUUAGCGGGCAACGUCCACCCAUUGAACGUUCAAGCUCCCUCGAAGUCCACGCCUCGUCUCCAGUCCCAUUGGAGAAAGACUUGAGUGAAUUGUCAACCCUUCCAUUAGAUGAAGACCUUGAGAACAAACAAAUCCUUGGCACUGAUGGAGCUGCAUCUUCUAUCGGGGAAGAACGCGUCUUCCCAACACAGAGUUAUGCUUCAGUAUAUCCUUUCUCUGAGACCACGAGCGAGUCGGGCAGUUACAUAGUAGUGACACCACGAACAUCCCAUGCUGAAACCAAAUCCUCAGCAUAUCCGAGUCCGAGAUAUUCAGAAGUACAGCAAUUGAACAAUUCUACAGUAUUCAUCCCGAGCCCCCAUCUUGCGACGAUAGACGAAGCCUUUGAUGACCAGUUUUCAUACCUGAGAACAACACAUCCAUUGGCAACAUCCUACAAUAGUGCGCCCCCGACAUUUUGUGGUCUCAGCACACCAAACAGUCCAGCCAUAUAUCCAACCAAUCAUGCCAGCGAGAAGCUACGACGACCACCGUAUGGGGAUGGUCUGAAGUAUCCACCUUGUCGGACUACUGAGGAUGGGUUGCUCAUAGUACCCAGCGUACCUGGGGAGCUCCCUGGGGAGAUAUCGAAAGAGCCUACAAGGAAUGAAUAUCCAACCCGUUCAGAAAGGAGUAAUAACCCAGACGAUCAAUUCGCCGUCGCACCUCUCAGUCCUAACGUCACAGCGUACCGCAAGGGAAAGUAUCCGAGAAGAAAAAGAUACUCCAGCUACAGACAGUAUAUGCCUCAGCCACCUUUUGACGGGAACCAAACCAUGUGA